UGUUUGUUUGAUUGAUAAAUUGAAAUCAAAUGACUUAUAUGUAUUGAUUUCAUUACAGAGAACCAAAAAUGGCAUCCAGAUGCCCAAGUUCUCAGACAACACCACAAGUAAUACCUACUGGUUCAGUUAUGAGAAUUAUACACAACUCCAGUGAAGAGAUGUGUCACAUCCCAGAUGGAGACUUAAUUCCUCCACCAGCUAAAUCAAUUUCUACUGAUGGCAUUUCUAAAAAUAAUGCACUUCAUCCAACAAUGGGACAGACUGUAACUGCAGAAAUUACCAAAGAAACCAGGAACAGCUUUGAUAUGGAAGAGGAUAAUUCAGGCAAAAUUAAAAAUCUUGUCCAGAAAGAAAAAAGGGAAAGAAAAAAGAGACAACGGGUUCCAAGUCUGGAUGAAAUACUAGGAAUCCAAAAAAGUCAAGGUGGAAUCCUCAGUAAUGUCAAUAGAGGACUAAAGAAGAGAAGUGGGAUCAGAAAACAGCAAGGAGGAAGCCUCAGUAAUGGAGAAGAAGAGGAAGUUGGAGAACAGGAGAUAAGUACCACAUGGAUAUCUCUGCUACUGUAUAUAUACAGCUAUAUUGCCAGCUUCAACACUACCCCCCGUAAGAGAGUAGGAACAGGCUGGAUGACAACAAAAAUUCAGAAACAGAAGAUAAGUCUCGCAUGGAUUUCAACCCUGCUGUAUAUCUACAGCUAUAAUGCUAGCUUGGAAGAAAUCGAUAAAAAACAAAGUACCGGUAAUACCACCACACAUAAGAGAAAAAGAAGAUGUUUGGGAAAGGGAACAGAUUGGAGGAAAACUCAAUCAAUAAGGAUGAAAAGUAAACAUACUUAAGCCGAAAACUGUCUAUUACCAAUGAAUAUCUUCAAUUGGGAUAUUUUGCUGUUGCUAUAUUUUGUUGUUGCUAUAUUAUGGCUAGUUUUUAAAAAAUGUGCUUUAAAUUAAAACUGAUGCAUUUUAUUUGGUGUGUUUUGGUUCUGACAGCUCAGUUUUUGUCACUUUCUUGUGCUAUGCUAGCUCAAAUGUUUGUUUCAAUAACACAACAGCAAGAAUAAAUUUCUCAUAGAUCUAGAGUUAAAUUGCUUCUCUGCAGUUAAGCAGAGUAAAGCUUCUUUGCUUCGGAGUCUUAGAGUCAAGUUGAUACUUACAAGUUCAGCAGAGGCAAGCUUCUCCUCUAUGUUAUUUGUUUAGAGUCUUACAUUAUAAUUAAUAGUCAAAUCGAUUCUCUGGAGUUUAGCAGAGUCAAGGAAAUACCUGCCAACCCCAUAUAUACUGAAAGAGGGUGAUGACCCUCUUUGGAAAAGAAAAAAAGAGGUUCAUAGUGUGCGACAUCUUUUUUCGCAACAAAUAUAAGAAGGGUAGAUAUUAAAUUAGAACUUAAAUAUUUUAAUGAUACAAAAGGUGCACAUUCUACAGUCAUUGAACUGAAGGAUGUUCUCUAGGUUUAUCUUUGGAUUCUAGCUGUAUACAAAUCCAAUAAGUAGCCCUGGUGUUCAGCAAUUCCAAGCUUUUUCUCUUGAUUAAUUUGCUUAAGAGUCUUAUAUAGAGUCAAGACCCUUCUCUGGAGUUAAGCAGAAUUGAAAUUCUUUGCUAGGUUAUUCACUUAAGAGUCUUAUAUUUUAUUUCUAGUCAUCUUCAUAAAUGCUUAAAGUCAGGUGGCUUCUCUGGAGCUAGACAGAGGAGUUAGACAGAGUCUUGCUUCUUCCCCUUGAGUAUAUUUCAAGUCUAGUUGUAUGAAAGUUCAAGUUUAAGGUGUAUUUAGCGUAUAUUAAGCUGAGUAGAGUGAAUAGCCCCUGAUAUGCCAUAUGUUUUUAAAAUUAUAUGUAUCUUUCCUGUUUAAAGUUGUAAUAUCAUAAAGCUUUUAUACACAGUAUACUGUAAACAUGCUUUUUUUGGUGCACUCAAAUUUAAGCGCAUUAACAAAUUUUCAUACAUUGAUGAAUUGAUGCACCCAAAAAACAUGCGUUAAAGAACAAAACACAAGAACUUCAUUUGGUUCAUUCACAAUUUAGCACAGUAAUUAAAACGAUAAAAACACUAAAAUAAGACCCCGCUAAAAUAUGUUUGUUAACAGUAUCUGUUCUCUAGAUUUACUAUCCAAAGGUUGGUCAUCAGUGUGUAUGUUCACACAUUCAUGGUUUUGUUUGAGAUUAUUCCCUGGUCUAUAUGGUCAUGUGUCUUCUUUAAAUUGUCUAUCAGAAAUGUACUUCUCUUCCACAACCAUUAUAGAUAUCCUCACUCCUGACUCAUUUGAUAAACCUGCUAGGAGUUGGUAAACAUUCUACAUUACUGAUUUGUGGUACAUUUUCUAAUUAUGAUGUCAAGUAACAGUUCUUUAUGAUGUCAUCUUCUUUUGUGACGACAUGAGUCAUGGCUGGUUUCCCUGAGGGGAACAGAAAUAUUAUAUUCUCAAGAGAAACCUAUUGCUUCUUAGAUGUAAUAUCUAAACGUUAUGGGAGAAAAAGGUCCCCAAUGGGUGAUGGUUGGUUAUGUUCAAUGAACUCUCGUUAGUUAAUUAUACAAUUUGAAAAUCAACUUGAGUUAGAUAACAUGAUAACCAAUCAUCACCUUUGUGGGGAACCUAUAUGUUUGAUAAAACAAAUGUGAAACACAGACACACAUUAACAAGACUAUUAUCUCAAAACUUAAACAGUCAUUUAUCAUAUAUAAUGCAAAAAAAUAAUUAUGUGAAGGUAUAUGAACAUUUUCAAAUGCCUGUUGACUCUGUUUUUGACCAACCAAUUUGGAGAUUUAAUUUUGAAUUUUAACAUUCUGAAAACUAACAUGAUUGUUUAAAAUAAUUUAGAAAAAAAAAAUAGAAAAAAAUAUUCAUGUCUUUAACCAAUUUUUUGGUAAGGGACUGGUUGUGUCUGAUGGCAACAAAUUCAACAGGCCCAGUGGGUCAUCUUUUCAUAUGCUCUGAAGUUGACCGCUGUAAUUGUAGAUCUGUACAAUGUCUUUAUUAUGUACAUGUUUAUUAACAAGAAACAUCAUUUUUAUAUAUCAUAAAAUCAAUGUACUGAUGUAGUAGAAAUUCUUUUUCUUAAAACUUAUCAAUAAAAUUACAC